AUGGCAGAGCUGGACCUGAGCCUGAGCGAUGCUCUGAUGGACAGUGUGCCCCAGGCUGGCCCAGAGGACCUGGUGGAGAGGGACUUUGUGGCCCAGCUGGAGGCCGAGGCCUUUGACGACCAGGUGGGCGAGACUGUGGGCAAGACGGACUACAUCCCCCUGCUGGACAAUGACGGGAACAGGGCAGAUGCCGACUCUGUGUUGGAGAAUGGUGAGCAGGACGCCCAAGGGGCACAAAAACCUGUUACUGCAGGUUCUAAAGUGACACCUGGGGGACAGACAGCAGCGUCACGCCCAGAACCACAGGGGGAAGUGCGUCCCAAUUCGUCAGAGCAGCAAGUCUUUGCAGCCCUCUCAGGCUCCAUGGCAGGCUUCCCUGAUCAUUGGAGCUCCCAGCCCAACAACCCGCCCCAGAUGAUGGACAGUGGACUGAUGGGAGAUUCUUCAGGUUUCUCCCAGCCUGCUAUGGGGACGGAGAUGGGGAUAGCUCCACUAUCGACAGAGAGGCCUCCCAGCAUCGCAGAACCCCAGAAGCCCCCACCUCAGGCAGCCAACACACCCAAGGACAUGUCUGCAGGUGCCCUGGGCGAUGGCUGGCCAGACGAGGCUUGCAUUCCCACCGACCUGCCAUUCACCCAAAGCGUCUCCACAGUGAUCAGUCGCCAUGCCAGCCACCUGGCGGCCAGCCCCGAGGACCGCCCUGACUCUGGCUGGCCCCUCCGAGAGGCCUCGGCGGUGGGGGAGGAGAGGGAAAGCAACGAAGGAAACGACCGCAAACAACAGCAGAAGAAGAAGAAGAAAAGGAGGCCCCGGGAUGAUGUGUACGACCUGGUAGAGAACAGGGACCACCCGGAGGCUCAGGCUGAAAACACACCCCUGUCAGAGGGCCACCACAGGGUCUCCCCCCGCAAGGACAGGGACAGGAUGGAUGGAGGCUGGGAGCGCGAAGAGCCAGGGAGAAGUGGAGGCAGGGGAAAGAGGGGCAAGAGCAGGAAGAAGCUUCCAGAAGAGUGGGGAGUCACAGCUGAGCCCUUCAUGCCCUCUUCUGCCUCCUCUGCCAAUGACCUCCCUGAAGGGGUGUUAGACCAACUAGUGCCCCCCAUCACUCAUUCCCAGCCCCUGGAGAACCCCUACUCCAACAUGGGGCUGAGUCCUGCCAGUGAGGAGUUCUACGGGGGCCUCUUCCCUCCAUCUCUCACCCAGGACCUGCUCUCUCUCACAGCUCCCACCUCCCCUCCACCGGCCCUGAGCUGUGAGCUACUGCCUACCGCCCCUGUCUCCAUGCCCACCAGUCAGGGAGACUACUCGCCCAAGAACACCUUCCCCAUGGCCUCACAUCCAGGAGACCCAUUCACUGCUAGCUACCAAGACCUGCUCAUGGAUACAGAGAACGCUAGCAUGGGCAAUGCCAAAGAGGCUUUGUCCACAACCUUUCCCCUAGAUUCCCCAGUUCAUGAGUCGGGUGUCAAGGUGGUGUUUGAUCAUGACACCCCCAUGCACGAUGUCCAUAUGAAAAAUGCCUUAAGUUUAAGCCUCACCCGCCAACCAGAUCGUGGCCUGCCCCCAUUGGAGAAGUUCAGUGAGCUCACAGCGACCGCUCCCCCUUUCUCCCCCUCCGACAGCUCCUGGCUCAUCAAUGACUCCAACUUCAACAACGACUCCUUUGAGUUCAGUGACAUCACUCCAGGGCGCCCACUACCUCUUGGCCUAGCCUUCGACACACCCAGCCCAGCCCCCCUCCGCUCCCCCAAAACCAUACCCGAAUAUCACCCCAGGGAGGGCAAAUCCCCAUCACAGAAUAUACCCACUAAGUCCCCCUCCUCCUCUUCCACCAAAAGCCCCACCUCCCCGGGGUCUGGUCUGAACCCCGCUGCCAAGCCCUUCUUCCCCAGCUUUGCCGAACUCACGGAGCCCCUGGUGGUGGUGGCCCCCAUGUCUGAAGUCAAAUCAGAGAAGAUGGACAAACCAGAGAAAGAGGAGGCGAUGGACCACUUUGAGAAGUUGGACCAAUUUGACAUGUUGGAUAAGCUCGAUAAAGUGGAGAAGAAGGAUUCGACUGGGAAGACUGAGGCGUCAGUGAAGGUGGCGUAUGCAGGACCACUGGACAAAGGAGAGAAGAUGGGUCAAAUGGACAAGGCAGAGAAAACGGAGAAGCUGGAGCCGGCAGAAAAGGUAGACAAAGAAGAAAAACCAGAGAAGGUGGAUCAAAUGGAUAAGGGUGACAACACAGACCAGGUAGAGAAAACUGACAAAGUAGAGAAGAUGGACAAGGUUGAAAAGCCUGAGGAGACACAGCCUGGCAAGAUGGAAACACAGCCUGGCAAGAUGGAAACACAGCCUGGCAAGAUGGAAACACAGCCUGGCAAGAUGGAAACACAGCCUGGCAAGAUGGAAACACAGCCUGGCAAGAUGGAAGCACAGCCUGGCAAGAUGGAAACACAGCCUGACAAGAUGGAAACACAGCCUGACAAGAUGGAAACACAGCCUGACAAGAUGGAAACACAGCCUGACAAGAUGGAAACACAGCCUGACAAGAUGGAAACACAGCCUGGCAAGAUGGAAACACAGCCUGACAAGGAGAGGACAGAUCAUGUUGGAAAGGUAACAGUAACAGGUGAGAAAGAAACAGAAAAUGUUGAGAAGCCCAAAGACAACGUUGAGAAGGAGGAUAAGAAGCCAGAGAAAACAGAGCUGGCUCAGAAAUUAAACAAACCGGUUAAGGUGGAGAAAUCGGAGAAAAAAGAGCUGAAAAGUCCUGAGAAAAAGACAGACAAGAAAUCAGAGACUGCUGAUAAGGCCAAAAAACCUGCAAGUAAACCCUCGACCAAUGGGAGCAGUGCCGCACCAAGCAAGGACCUGCCCAGUCCAGACAAGAAGACCAAGCCUGUCGCCGGGGCAACCAAACUGAGCGCCGCUAAGCCGCGGCCGAGCUCGGCAGCAUCCGCUGGUGCUGCCGCCCCCAAACGCCCCACCCCUUCCUCCACUUCCACCACCACCUCAGCCACCCUCCUCAACAAAAAAACGCCCGUGCCCAAGGCCCCUACCCCCACUGCUGGCCCCAAGCGGCCUUCGUCCACAGUCAGCCGACCCACAUCCGCAGCCACCGCCUCCACCACUGCGCCACGUGAGGUCAAGCCCAAGACGACCACAGAGAGGCGUCCUCUAGUGCCAAAGGCCACUGCCGCCUCCACGGCUCGAAUUGCUGCCCCCAAAAACGGCACUGCCACCACGGCAACCAGUAAACCAGCCACGGCGACCCGCACGCCUCUCGCAUCCCGCACUUCCGUCAGCGCACCUGCAACCAGACGCCCUCAGGCAUCAAAGACUGACAGCAAGCCAGGAGAGGACAAGAAGCCCAGCACUCUGAAGUCAACAACAGCAGACUCCACCCGGCCCCGGACCAGCACCACCCGCAGCUCUAUAGCUAGCACCACCAGCGCCACCCCCCGUGUCCGCCCCUCCACCACCAAACCUGCCCCCUCCUCCACAGUAUCAGAGAAGAAGCCGGCUGUGCCCCGCGUCCCCCGUCCCACCCCCACCACCACGGGCAGUGCCAACGCCACGCGUACCACCUCCCGCCCAGGCACAGCCCCCACACCAGACAUUCGCAAUGUGCGCUCCAAGAUCGGCUCCACGGACAACAUGAAGUACCAGCCCGGAGGGGGGAAGGUCUCUGGCAGGAGCGACGCCCUGGCCAAAGGCUCCUCCUCCAAAGAGGCCAGCGAGGCCAAAGUUCAGAUAGUCUCCAAAAAGCUGGACUUCAGCCACGUCACCUCACGCUUGGGUUCCAAGGACAAUAUCAAGCAUGUUCCUGGUGGAGGGAAGGUACAGAUACUCAACAAGAAGGUGGAUCUAAGCAAAGUGACAUCGAAGUGUGGCUCCAAGGUCAACAUCAAACACAAGCCUGGGGGCGGCGAUGUGAAGAUCGAGUCCCAGAAAGUGAACAACAAGGAUCAGGCUAAGUCCAAAGUGGGCUCAAUGGACAACCUCUGUCACGAGCCCGGUGGGGGCAACAUCAAGGCUGAGGGAGCCGAGGAGACGGCAGAGGAAAAUGGGGCUCCCUCCAGUGAUGCCUCAGCCAAGGUGCCAGGGCAGGCAAGCAGCCCCGCCCAGGAGAAUGGGGUGAAGGAGGGUGCCCCCUGCGGAAGCCAGGGCAUCCAUGACCCCCAGGGCUUUGACUCGCGCAUCCCUGAGACAAGCUUCUAAUUCUUCUUUGUGCUAUCCAUCUACCCUCUUCAUCUUAACCCCCUCAACAUCUCCUAUGUCCCCACUCCUCUCUCCUUCUCUCCUCUUUCCCAUUCUUUCUGUCCCAUUUACACACUUCCUGCUGCAGAUUGAGUCUUUCAAGCUCAACUUCCGCGAGAACGCCCGCUCUCGCACGGACCACGGCGUCGACAUCAUAACCUGGCCAGCCCCGGGAGACAGCCGCUCACACCCACAACGCAGCGUCUCUCUCAACGACUCCCUGACUUCUGCUGGCUACCCCCGCUGCCCCCUCCCCCCGCUGGGACAGGGGGGCAACGGCACACUAGCAGGACCCAGGUCAUGACCCUCAAUCCCACAUCCAAACACCUCACCCAUGUAUCAUUCUCUUACUACGCCUAAACCUGCGCUUACCUACCUACCGCUGUCCUGUGUUCCCUUUGGAUGAGCUGACAUUGUACAUACAGUAGAGCAAGCUUCAAGCAGGUUGGGAUAACAUUGGGAGGGGAACGGAGGCUUGCCAUGUUAACUGUGAAGUCUAAUUCAUGUUUCCUUACCUCUCCAAGAGCAUAACAUGGCAGUUGCAGCGUACAGUAGCAAAAAUCAGUCUUAUCCAGUAUUACAGUACAUCCUAGUGCCGUUUUAGUGAGAGUAAUCUACCAGGCAUCGCCAGCCCUGGACACACCUGUUUGGUUCACAUAGACACCCCCAAUGGGAAACCUUCCUAGACUCACCUGUGCGUUAUGUACGCAGACUAAUAUGUGUGUAGUGCCCUUUUACUUGUGAGCAUGUAGGGCUGUGGUGUGUUCCCAAUAACCAUUGAUUCAUUUACUCACUAUUCACCAAACAUCGACUCAUUCACUCACUGCCUCACCUCCCUCCUCUCUCAUAUCCAUGUACCCAGACCCCUCUUUUUCACUGUCCACGGGUUAAAUACAUUUUGUUUUUAAAGAGCACUCACAAAAUAUUAGUAAACUAGUAGACUGUACUUGAACAGUAGGCUAUUUAACUCUCUUUAAACGGUGUGUUUGUGAUGGUGUGUUUGAUUGAAUAAUACUGUAACAAUGAGCUGUGGCGUUCUGUUCUGUUUACGUUGACAUUAGUUCAUUUUCCUCAUCAGCUUUAGUUGUAAGGUUUGUUUCAUUGUUUUCUUCUCUUUCUCUCGCAUAUAUUUUUCUGGAAACACAGGCAUGAAGAUGCGACUCCGUUUAGGGCGUUGAGACUGAGAAAAGCAUGUCAGGGGUGUGACGAGGGAGACAGCGAACACUGAGGCGUAGUGACGUAAAGACGUGUCCUCUUCAGUGUGUUAAGACAACAAUGUGAUGUGUCAGAAUAGUGCUGUCUCGGAAAACUCCAGAGGGUAAUAGAAUGUUAAGAUGAAUUACGUGAAGGAAAGUGUCUUGGAGGUUGGUGGAGCGAUGUGUCUUGUACUGUACGUGCCUCCUGUCCUGCUUACCUGAAACUGGGAUGGGACUCGGGCUGGAAGCUCAAGCUGAUGGACCCUUGUCCCUGGAGUGACACAGACAGACAGAAUGUCAUAGUUGAAAAUGAAACCGCAUGGUGGCACUGUAGUUUGGUGCAUGGUGGCACUGUAGUUUGAUUAGGAUUUAGAAUAAUCGUAUUUUGUGACCAGUCCUGCUUGUUGUCCCGUUUCAGCUGUUUUCUGAGGGUUCUGGUAAAGUGUUAUUGACAGUUAUAAGAGGACUUGCUGAAGGACUUGUUGGAACAUUAUUAGAGGUUCUGCUGAAGGACUUGUUUUUGUCAGGCUGUUGGCAGUGGAACAUUCAAUGUGGCUUAUUUUACUUGUAGUAAUGUAUCCAACAAUUGCCUCCAAUUGCCUUUUUAGUGCAUGGCCAGGUAAUAUCAUGCCCAGAGCAGAAAGCCUAUGUGCAUUAUGACUUGCAGUGUUGUGGUUCAGUAUAUUUGUCCUUGGGGGCAAAUAGUCGGUGUUGUAUCUUCUUCUUCUUUUACAGUGGGCAGGAAGAAAAUUGGGGGCUGUCAAUUUGAUUGUAAAUUCUAUUGCAGUUUGGUAUAUUAUAUAAUUCAGCUAUAAGUUCGUCAUGUUUUUUAAAUGUGUUGAGCUCAAAAUAAGGACAGUACACCAGGUAACUCUUUUUGAGGAAUGAUCCCCCCCCCCCCCCUAAUUUGAAUCAAGAUGUAGACCUACUUUAAUAUCCUCUUAAAUCAGAGAUAUGGAAACUAUUAAAAUGACCUUAAAUUCUUGAAUAUAUUAAAGAGGGUGUGUGAUGGUAAUGUGUAUUUCAUGAAAGGUAAAGCUGUUUCUCCACACACUGAUUUACUCCCAUAUUGUUCCUAGGAUAUCCAUGAAAUAGUGUUUAAAAGACAUUGUAAAAAUGUUUUCAAAUGAAAUGAAUCACAAUCUAUUGAGAUGUGUGGAAUAGGCCUAAUACCCAGAGCCAAAAAAAAGUCCAUUUAAAUGUUUUAAGAAAAUGGUCAAUACAUUUUAUUGUUAUCAACAAGAUGUUAUUUCAAAAUUGGAGAGGUUUGUUGAUUUUGUAGUACAGCAGUGAUUGUUGUAAGAGGAACGGCUGCUGAGGUGGAUCGUAGUAUCGCCUCUGGUGACACGAUCCUCAUCUGAUAAGAGACAUGUCAAUAUUCCCCCUGAUCCUGACUUACCACACUCACCGGUAUGUUCUCUCUGAGAUUGCACACGGUUGUAUAUAAAUAGAUAUUUGACUGUUUUAUACACUAUCGCCACAGGAAGAAAAAAACAAUAUGAAAACAACAAUGAUGGUAAUAAGGAUGUUACGUACAGCUUUUAUGUUAAUAUGUCUUUAACAGUUUUAAUGCUAAGGGGUAUCAUUAUUGUUAUUGAGCAAGUCUGCCUUUUUUCCAAGAAAAGGGCUGCUGAAGUGAAAGAAUGUUAUAGAGAUAUAAUGUUCUAUAGAUGCAACACUUUUGUAUUUAUCUUGUGUUCCCAUACCGACAUGGUGGUUGGGUCAGUGGGGUGUGUUUGAGAGGUUAUACGCUUGGGAGGCAUAAUGAGGUCUGGUCCAGUUUGUGGAUUGCUGUCUAUUGAACAGUGUUUAUUUCACAAAUUGUAAGAGUUUUGUUAACUUUCACAUAACCUUUGUCCAUCCCCACAACCCCAGUCUUAAGAAAUGAAAAUACUCUUAUUUACAGGUAGACCUUCAGAUGUGAUUUUGACAUUGUAGGAUACAGUGACCUUCUUACGUUGAUUUGAAAACAAGAUACGUGCAACAUGAAAGGGAUUGAAACUGUGUAGAAUUGCACUGUAUAACAUGCCAUUGUGGCGCAGGGCUUCCUGUUAAAGCAGGAAGUGGGAUUAGAAGUCAGGUCAUAUCUGUCAUUUAGGAAUAUUGUUGCCCUUGCCCUACACGCACACACACACAGAAACACACACACACACUCUGUCCUGGAGUGUCAUGGAGACGUCCGCGCCCUAACACACCCUUAUGUAAGGCUAACAGUAGCUGUGUUACUUAGAGCUCUCCAGUAAUGCUACAAUGAGCUCCAUAGAUCUGCUUCUUCCGCUAGCGCACACCCAAUGUGCAAGUGUACUCAUAGAAAACACCUAUUUAAGAGCAUGCAGAAACAAAUGGAAUGUGUUCAGUAGACUUAUGUCAUUCGCAGAAUUUGUCAUUUGCAGAAUUUGUUUUUUUUGUUUUUCAUUCAUUUUGAAUUGACAUUUUUGGUUUGAAAGAAGUGUUUAUUGUGAUUAAUUGUUAAUUAGUGAUGUGAUUAUUAAACAUUAAAAAAACUAAAUGUUUAA